AAUAAAGCUCGCGUGAGACCCACCUCUUGGGUAAUAAUAAAACAAAGUGUUGCAGACCAACUCGACAACUCAUCAACCACAGUAAACAUCUCCCCGCCCAGAGCAAAUUCACGAAGACAAAGGAUAUCUCUCGAGCAAUCAUGGUGAACAUCCACUGCGCCUACAGCGAACCCAUCAACCCCGCCGGCGCCUCGCCCGUGCUCACCCGCGACCAGAUCUGGCGGGGCCUCCAACGCAAGAUCCGCCGAGCGGAGGAUUUCGUGCCCGUGAUUGAAAAGACCGAUGUGCUGGAGGACGGGCCCGAGGAGGUCGUGCGGAUGGCGCAUUUCAAGGCCAUGGGGAACCGACCACCGGGGGCGAUGAAGGAGAUUUGCCGCAGUUAUUAUCCGACGAAGGUCGAUUUCGUGCAAGAGUCUGGCGCAGUCAUCACGAACACGGUUUCGGAUGGGCCGGGACUGACGGAGAAUGACUACCAUAUGACAUAUACAUUCGAAUGGAGAUAUCCUGAGGUGGCCGAGGGGAGCGCGGAGGCGAAGCAGCUGCAGGAUGAUAGAAUCAGGGAUGCACAAAAGGCGGUGCACAGCACCAUCGUGGCAAUGAGGGCAUUGGCUGAGAAGGGCGAGCUGAACUGAGUCGCAAGUUGUCUUUGGUGGGAUGCGAUCACCCAGAAAUGUGCUGCAGGAGAGUGUGAUCAAAUAUUGUAAUUUAUCACGGUUAUUUCAUGUCCACUCUUUUUCAUUCCAGCAACUUUGCAAUCUAUAGAGCACCGG